CCAGGGGGGAGUAGAAAUACUCCUGGUCGCUUCAUGCUACUGAAACCGGGAUAAGCUCCGGCCUUAUGAGCCGCUUGGCUCGCAUGGAAAUAUUUCUUCCUCCCACUCCACGAAAAGAAAGCAAAAAAAUUAGAGAAACAAAAAAGGAAAAUUCGCUCUUGUCCUCUGUUUCGAAAUUUAAGAACAUCCUUCUCUUUGUCAUGCAAAACAAAAGCGAGAAAAUUUUGCCUACAUCAAGUAAAGGAAAAAUAACAAUGCCUUCAAAUGUGGGUAUUUUUCACGAUUUUUAUUCGGCAAGAAAGUUUAUUUAUUAGCCUCUACAUGUAGUAACACACGUUUCGCUUCGAAUUGCUGCAUGAAUUCGCGAUAUUUUCCAAAAAAACAAUUUGUCAUGUCAAUAAGCGGAUAUUGGUUACUGUAGGGUUGAAUGGAAAAUUUCUUUAAGUCGCACGCAUUUUCGAUCCUUGGCAGGUGUUUUUUAAGUAGCUAUAUUUGUUGUGAAAAAUGCUUUUCAAAACACUCGAGUUUAUCUUCUCUUAUUCGACUAUUAAAGAUUUAAAACAAAAAUCUCGUAUAAGCUGGUAUACCUUUUUAUUUCCCACGUUAAAUUCGAUUGCGGAAAUUUUUAGCAAUCGUAUUUUCAUUUUCGUGUUUCUUAUUGGUAUAAAUUAACGCAGACUAUAAUUGAUCACGUUUCUCUCUUGCGGCAAAGAAAAGAUUAUAAUCUUGCGACAGAUGUCAGCCUGCCUAUCGCCAAGGAUGUUUUGCUUUCAAUAUGCAAAUAUUCGCCUACCACUGUCGAGAACACAAACAAAAGGAGACGGUACAGAGAGAGUUCGCUCACAAGCGUGAUCCUUGACCAGAGAAGCGCACGACAAAAAUCAAAGAUUUCUUCGCUAGUUUUACGGUUCAAAAGUGACGGUUUUUUUUUUUUAGCGAGAAACAGAAAUGGAUGACGAACAUCUGCAACUCGCCAAACGACACUCUUUUCCAUAUAUGCAAGUGUACACAUGGAAUAUGUUGAAGUCUAGAUCCCCAAAUGAAGUGGAAAUCCAAAGCCCUAAAGCGGAUCCUAAGCCCGUUAUUAACUCCGACGGGACCAGCGAAGAGAGAGAAGCUCGCUUAGAAGCCGCCAUAUUGUGGAUACGAAAGGAAUUGUCUGACAUGCGACACCAAGACAAGUACUUAACACGGCAGUUCAUUCAACUGAGAGCAACGAUCCAACGAAUUAAAAGCGAGAACAGCUUACUCGAGGGCAUGGAAGGCAGUACAGACCGAAUGAAAGAGCCUUCCUUCCGACACUCGAUUCCAGGACCUACUAUUCGCCCUACGUUUGGUAGAAGUAUAUCAUACAUGUAACAAAGAACUCAUUUGUUCGCCUCGACUCCCUUUGUCGAGCAAAGCUAUGUGAUGUUUAAAUGAACUAUAAAAAUUGCUAACUUAGUAAAAUUCCGCGGUGCAACAAAGAAAUAACCUUGCAUCAGAUUAAAACAUUAGUUUACAAUUUAUCCAGCUUCCUAGACCUUCCAAACUUUCGAUGUCUCCAUCUUGAGUUAGACACGAACGCGUCAAAAAAGACACUACGAACAUUUUACGAAAGAAAACGAUGUGCUUAGUUCGGUUACGAGCAAUGCCCGAACGGUUACGCGCACGCUGCGCAAGGUAACGAACACGAUGUGAGCGAGUACGACCAUUGUGCGAACUGUUACGAACAUUGUACGAACUGAGUGGUCACGGAAGUUGUGGA